AUAAUUGCACUUUAUUGGAUAUCGAAACAUGAUAAUGUAAAAAAAUUUGAUUUUACAUUGUGUGCAAUUUUUUAUUUUUAGUUAAUGCAUUUUUGAAAAAUAUUUUUUAUAUAUUUGUAUAUACUUCUUAUUUUUCUUCAGUUUUGCCGCAUAGAUUUAAAUGUAGAUGCUAUUAUUUAUUCGUUGCGCAUUCUACUUAUGAACUUAUAAUAUUUCAUGAAGAAUGUUCGCGUAGCUUUUGUUGAGGAUAUUCGGCUUUAUUUUUAAUGUUUAAAAAUAUUUUGCUGCCUUCAUAUAAAAUUAUGUACUGUCAUAUCUGUUUUCAUAGUUAACUCUGUGACAUCGCAGAAACCGUUUCGAUGUUAUUCACACUUAUAAAAAAAUACAUGUUUUUUUUUAUAUCUUCUAUGUGCUAGAACAUAUCCGAACCUUAUCAAAAUCCGGGCCGUUGAAUAUCUAAAACGGUUCAAUGUUUUUCAAUAUUGUAAGAGAUUGAAAUAUUGUAAUGAAUUUAUUGUAAUAUCUGAAAUAAUGAUUAACUAUAUCUCAGACUUGAUAUUUCAUAUUAAUUAAUAAGGACCACUUUGACCAAAUUCUGAUUAAUUUAAUCGUUGAUUAAUUUACAGAGUGACCAAUAUAAAAAUUUCUAACGAUAUAAUUCUCGUAUAUAAUAUAAUACAAAUUUUAAAAUUCUGCUUUUGGUCUCCCUGUAAAUUAAUCAACUAUUAAAUUAACCGGAGUUUGGUCGAAAUGGCCCUAAAUAUCAGAACGUAAUCUAAUAUUAUCUAAUAUAAUCUAAUAUUAUAUUUCAGAAAAGUAUAUAUAAAUCCAUAAAAUAAUUAUGAUAGCGAUGCGAUAAUUGUAACAAAAAUAAAAAGAAUGGAAAGAUUAGUUACGAAAUUCUCGAAAUGGAUCUAGAUAUUUUUUUUGUGUUUUUCUCCAAUUAAUUCUGUAUGUACAAGUCUUUUUUCUCUUUUUAUCUGUCAAGCGAUGGGCUACAUCAGGUAGAUAGGUAGGUGAACUAAGCAGCUAGAGGUAUUGACUGGUGCAGUGUACCACCCGCUCGCUAAUCCUGCUCGCCACCAUGCCGAAGACAGCCGAACAGAUAUACAGUGAACAGCGGAAACAUCCGAGCAGCCAGUGAGAUGGCGGCUCUUCGGUCUAUACCUAGCACGCGCUAUCGGUCCCCUUCUCUUGCUUCCCAAGCACUGUUCUGAACGCAUCGUUUGUUGGAAUCCGACCAAUAAAUGUGCGCGCGCCAGUAAUAGUGCAACGGCAGCAGUGGUGUCGCCUCACUUCGCAUAGUCACAACUUGUUCGGCUAUCGAACUGCGUGUUUUCAUUUCAGGUCGAGUGUGGCGUAUAUACGGCAAGUUUAAGUUUUGCGUGCGCGUUGUCAUCGGCUGCAUCCACAUACAGAUACAAUCGUCUCGCGGUAUUCUCUUUUUUUUUCCUUACGUGCGUGGUAUAAUCGGGUGUGUUGAUCUCGCGCGCGCGCGCGUUUUCCGGUGCAAUAAGUGACCAUUCAAGAAUAAAAAAAAAAAAAAAGAAGAACGAUGGUAGGAGCUAUGCGAUUUUCGUGGAUAUUCACAGCCACGAUACUCCUGGUUUUAAUCAUAGGAGUGAAAUGCAAAAGAAAAUUUGAUGGAGAUUUUGAAUUUGCUGAAGAGGAUGACACCCGUAUAAUGAAAGUUGGAGAUAAGAAACGUUGGAUACAUGAUCCAAAUAGUGAGCUUUGUCGCCCACUCAACUGUAAGAAGAAGGAACUUUGCCUUUUGGAAAACAUGUUUACUGCUGUCUGCGUCUCGAAAAAAGAACUUCAUAAAUCAGG